UGUCCAUUCAAUGAGAUUUUGGUAUCUGACCAAGGCGACGAGGUUGAGCACGCACAAAGCGAUACGAAGUCUCAGGAUGAGCUCGUCAAGUCAGAAUCAACCAAGUCGCCAGACACCGACACCGACACCGACACAGACACCGGAUCACGAUCCACCCAACUGGAUGACGUUGAAAUUACCUCCAGCUCAUAUACUCUCACAUCUCACUGACGCCCACUGUCACCCUACGGACCUGGAUCAACCUGCCUCAGCGUACGAUGCCACAUCCCUUGGGGCGGUAGCGGCGAUGGCUACGGAGCCCGAAAACCAACCAAAAGUCAGGUCCGUCGCAUUGGCUAGACCAUGGAAGAAGGGCGAUACGAAACCUUCAUCCUCUGGCUCGAGAAUCAUUGCAUGUUUUGGCUAUCACCCAUGGUUCUCUCAUCGAUACACGCUCCAAUCACCUCCACCGUCGAAAGAGGAGCACUACACGUCACUUUUCUUUCCUCAACAUGAUUCAUCAACACCUCCCCCAACCAAGAAAGGUCAGCUCCUGGGACUCCUUCUACCAUUUCUUCCCGACCCCAUCGAAUUUGGACCCUUGAUCUCUCAACUAUCCUCAGAUAUAAGAGACUCAGUCUCUGCUGGUAAUCUUACGAUGCUCGGCGAAGUGGGUCUCGAUGGAGGUGCCAGGCUACGUUGGCCGACCUCUGCAAGACACCUACAUCCCGAUGCAGAGACUGAUGAUCGAGAAGGCGACAACUGGAACGUGUUGACGCCCUUCAAAACGUCAAUGGCGCAUCAGAUUGCCAUACUGGAACGUCAAUUCGAGGUGGCUAUACAGCAUGGCGUCAAUGUAUCAUUGCAUUCUGUCGCUGCAGCUGGGCCCACAUUCGACACACUCGUCAAGAUGAGGGAUAGACACAGGAAUCGAUUCACAAACAGAAUCAACGUGGACAUACAUUCAGGCGGAGGGUUUUCACCAGAUCAUUGGAAACAGACAGAACGGAACCUGCUCAACGUCUACGCUUCUCCGUCCAUCUUCGUCACGUCUCGAUCAAGUCACGCCGCAGAGCUCAUUAGAACCAUAUCAAAAGAUCGGAUGCUGGUAGAAUCUGAUUCGCAUGACCUGACAUUGUGCACCAGGGCUGUAUGGGGCGCCACAGAGUGGAUAGCUAGGUGUAGGGGAUGGAAGUUGGAGGAUGAGAACACGCCCGCCUGGACCUUGGACGAAGUCAUCGCGAAGGAGGAACAGGAGGAGCAGGAGGGGGCCAGGACUGAGGAACGAGAUGAAGUCUGGGCAGUCAGGACACUGGAGAGGAACUUUGCCAGAUUCAUGAACAUGGCGGAAUGAAAUCCCAAGUGAACAC